CGUCUCUCCUCUGUUAAUCUCAGCGAGGUUGAGAGCUUUCCCCAAGUCUUCUUCUUCUUCUGCUGUUUGUGUUCUCAGUGUUGUUGUCAUCGCAACCAUGUCGCUGCUCUCAGAUCUCAUCAACCUUAACCUCUCUGACUCCACUGACAAGAUCAUCGCCGAGUACAUAUGGAUUGGUGGAUCUGGCAUGGACCUCAGAAGCAAGGCAAGGACUCUACCAGGACCUGUCACUGAUCCUUCAAAGCUGCCCAAAUGGAAUUAUGAUGGGUCCAGCACCGGCCAAGCUCCAGGGGAGGACAGUGAAGUGAUCCUCUACCCUCAAGCUAUCUUCAAGGACCCGUUCAGGAGAGGCAACAAUAUAUUGGUUAUUUGCGAUGCUUAUACUCCGGCUGGCGAACCAAUUCCAACCAACAAGAGAUGUGCAGCUGCAAAGAUAUUCAGUCAUCCUGAAGUUGUUGCUGAAGUGCCCUGGUAUGGUCUGGAGCAAGAGUACACCUUGUUGCAGAAGGAUGUGAACUGGCCCUUGGGCUGGCCGAUUGGUGGUUUUCCUGGUCCUCAGGGACCUUACUAUUGUGCUGCCGGCGCUGACAAGGCAUUUGGGCGUGACAUUGUUGAUGCUCAUUACAAGGCUUGUUUGUAUGCGGGUAUCAACAUCAGUGGUAUCAAUGGUGAAGUCAUGCCAGGACAGUGGGAGUUUCAAGUUGGUCCUUCAGUUGGUAUCUCUGCUGGUGAUGAAUUAUGGGUUGCUCGUUAUAUUUUGGAGAGGAUCACCGAGAUUGCCGGAGUGGUUCUAUCUUUUGAUCCCAAGCCAAUCCCUGGUGACUGGAACGGUGCUGGGGCUCACACAAAUUACAGUACCAAAUCAAUGAGACACGAAGGAGGCUAUGAAGUCAUCAAGAAAGCCAUUGAGAAGCUGGGGCUAAAGCACAAAGAACACAUUGCAGCAUAUGGAGAAGGCAAUGAACGCCGUUUGACGGGAAAGCAUGAAACAGCUGACAUUAAUUCCUUCAAAUGGGGAGUUGCAAACCGCGGUGCCUCCAUUCGUGUUGGCCGUGACACAGAGAAAGAGGGCAAGGGUUACUUCGAGGAUAGGAGGCCGGCUUCGAAUAUGGAUCCAUACGUGGUAACUUCUAUGAUUGCUGAUACCACCAUUCUGUUUAAGCCAUAAGAAGCUCCCGGUGAGACAGUUCGCCCUGCAUCUUGUGACAGUAUCAAACCCCUCCUGGAAUCAGAGAUAGGAUUGUGAUUUACCAGAUCAUUCAAUCUGCUAGCUACUAGAAUAGCUUAAAUUUUCCUUUCCACCUUUGUUUAUGCUGCUGGUUUUAUUUGUAUUUAAGGUGUUAAAGUUGUAUCGCUUCAUUGCCUCCAUCUAUUGUGUUGAAUAAUUGUAAUGAAUAACAUCUUGUACUAUUUUUCUUC